GCGGCAGGGCCCCGCCUGGUCAGAGCGCGCGGCGGCGCGUGCGGCAGGGCCGGGAUGGCGGGGUGGGCGCUGCGCGGGGCGCUGCUCUCCAGGGCAGCGGGGGUGGCGGCGGCGGCGGCGCGACGCCGCGGCGGGCUCUGGAGCAGCCCCAUGCCCGCCGCCUCCCGCCGCUCCGCCGCGCACUUCACUUUCCAGCCGGACCCGGCGCCCAGCGCGUACGGGCAAACUCAGAAGAUGAAUCUCUUCCAAUCCAUAACAAGUGCCUUGGACAAUGCUUUAGCCAAAGAUCCGACUGCAGUAAUAUUUGGUGAAGAUGUGGCCUUUGGUGGAGUCUUCAGGUGUACAGUUGGCUUACGAGACAAAUAUGGUAAAGAUAGAGUUUUCAACACCCCCUUGUGUGAACAAGGAAUUGUUGGCUUUGGUAUUGGAAUUGCUGUUGCAGGUGCUACAGCCAUUGCAGAAAUUCAGUUUGCAGAUUACAUUUUUCCAGCAUUUGAUCAGAUUGUUAAUGAAGCAGCAAAGUAUCGCUACCGCUCUGGAGAUCUGUUUAAUUGUGGAAACCUCACCAUCAGAGCGCCCUGGGGCUGUGUGGGUCAUGGUGCACUGUAUCACUCUCAAAGUCCAGAAGCUUUUUUUGCUCACUGUCCAGGAAUAAAGAUUGUUAUUCCAAGGAGUCCUCUUCAGGCCAAAGGACUGCUGCUGUCAUGCAUAGAGGACAAAAAUCCAUGCAUAUUCUUUGAACCUAAAAUACUUUACAGAGCUGCAGUGGAACAAGUUCCUGUGGAGCCCUACAACAUUCCACUCUCUCAAGCUGAGGUGCUGCAGACGGGCAGUGAUGUGACACUGGUGGCUUGGGGCACUCAGGUACAUGUGAUCAAAGAGGUGGCAGCCAUGGCUCAAGAAAAGCUUGGUGUGUCCUGUGAAGUUAUUGACCUGAGGACCAUCUUACCCUGGGACACAGAGACUGUUUGCAAGUCGGUGGUGAAGACUGGGCGAUUGCUGAUUAGCCACGAAGCUCCCUUGACUGGAGGAUUUGCAUCUGAAAUCAGUUCCACAGUUCAGGAGGAAUGCUUUUUGAAUUUAGAAGCUCCUAUUUCAAGAGUAUGUGGUUAUGACACUCCCUUCCCUCACAUCUUUGAGCCUUUCUACAUCCCAGACAAAUGGAAAUGCUAUGAUGCUCUUCGAAACAUGAUUAACUACUGAGCAGUAGUACAGAGAUGAGAAGAACAGCAGGGAAAUACAGAAGCUGCCUUCAAAACUUCUUGAUGCUUCACUCAGAUCUUUUAUGUUUGGAGUUCACAUGGCAGACUCUUUUCUCUGAACUCAACUAUCCUUAAUAUUCAUUUUGGCUAUUCUUCAGAAAGCUCAAAUCUUCCUUAAUUAUGAAAUCACUGAUGGGCAGGUGAUUGCUAUAAUAAGUAGUUUCAGAUGCGUUUAAAGAUAUUCCAGAUGUCGUAUAAAUGUUACACAUUGCCAUGCUUCACUGGUUACAUCUCUGAACUUCACUAUGUAAAUAUUAGAAGCAGGAUUUUAUUCAAUAAAAUAUAUUAUGCACAUGUUGUCCGUUGGUUUUGUUGUUGUUUCGGGAAAACCCAGAGAAGUUAUUUGAAUGUGAUUGUUUUUUUCAGCAAAAUAAACCUCAGAUGACCAGACAAGCUUAUGUGUCUGAUGUGACAGAUACCUCCUUUAACCAGGGCCAUUAGCCGUCUGCCAGUAGAGUGGCUUCAUGUAAAAUAGUCUCAAAUACUGAUUUUCCUUUGUGUAAGGGAAAUGAAAACUCCAUUUUUCUUGCAAAGGGAGGAGAGAUUAUUUUUUGCUUUAUAGGUGAGAGACUCCUUUGGUACAUCUUUGCUGCAAUAUCUUUUGUUUUUUCUUGACCUAUGGAAUGUGUCUGUUGUUAAGCAAAUGUGCAAAAUGUGCCAAUUUGUCAAGAAAAGGUAGCAGGACCCUGACAUGUUUGUGCCAGUGGUAGGAGAAGAGGGUGUGCACAUACCAUUUUCUGUUGGUGAGGACAGAAAAUUGCAAAAUUACUGAAAAUACUAUAAAAUUAAACCUUAAUGUUUAUUUUUCUUGUGAUAAUGCAAAUGGCACUGAACAUCCCUAAAUGUGAGAAGGAGUCCAGCCUUUCAGGCUGAGAGCUUCUGAGGCCAGUGGAAGUUUGCUUAAUUUUUAAUGAUGCCCUUCUUUUCCAUAUGACAAGCCAAGGACACAGCAAAGAUCUUGUGAAAAUUAUCCUCUCUUGUCCUACAUUCCAGGACUGCUCAAAGGGCAGCAGAUUGUCUUCCAGGACAGUAGUUUUAAAGUUUAUUACUGAAUUCCUUUGGUACCAGUUCUGCUCAUUUUUUCCACCACCUAAAUUAAGUGUGAAUUUAGCAGUUCCCCUAGACUUUUUCAUUGCUUUGCUGUCUGUACAAAUCAAUCUCAUGCUAUGUUGCUUCAUAUUAUAGGGGGAAGAAGGGGAAGGGAGGGAAGGAAAUGGGAAAAUGUGUGCCAGUAGCCAGGUAACCACAUUUCCGUUAUUAUUCAGGUGGAUCUUUCAGGGAGAAAGAAAAAUACCUUUGUACACAAGUCUACUAGUAACAGUCUCCGAGGGGAAAGCUGAAUUACCCCAGGGAGGAAGCUUAGGAGGAUAAGGUCACUCUGAAAGUCAUCGGGGAUGGCCCCUUGUGUUCCUCUGUUACCCUUUCUGAUGAUGGGGGAGGGGGGUUGUUAAUUGGGCAGAGCCACUGAAAUCCAAGGAAAAACUGGCUUCUGGGGCAACACCCUUGAUCGUGGGUGCCAAAGUUCACUCGUCCACGUCUCAUAGUGGUGUGCUUCUCAGGGCUCCUCUCUGAGAGUUUGCUGAACUCGAAUCUCUCAUCUUAUAGGCAACUCUCAUCUCACUCUCUGAAACCCUAAGAGCAAUCCUUGUACUUUCAUUCCUUGUUUGCAAUGUGGGGCAGGGGUGAUGCCUGCACUGCAGCAGAACUCAAUUGAAAAAGCCAUAUUCAAAGUGCUAUAUUAUAAUCUUUCCAGGUCCUACUACCAUUUUGUGUAUGAUCCUGUGUCCAUAGUUCAUAGAUUCCCUACAGAAUCCUACAGCUGAAAAUGGAGCUAUUUGUUAAUGUUUCUAAUUAAAAUGACAUAAUCAGUCAAGUCUUCUGUCUGUAAGUCUCCUGUAAAUGCUAUAUAAGGAAUUUGUUUGUUGUUUUAAAUAAGAUAAAUUCAUUAUGUAUUUUAUAUAUUUUGUACUGGAUGGAAACUAUUUUGGUUUUAUGAAGAAAAAUAGUUUUAAAAAUUAUCUCUCUCUGUAGAAAAUCAGCAGAUAUUUUAGUAACUUUUCAAAAAUGUACUGUUACUAUAUUCGGUAGCAUAAAAAACAUACAGUUAUAGUACUGCCAUAUUAAAAUGUACUUUGAUAAUUAAUAGCCUUAACACUGUAUACUUUGUAUUUGCAGUUUUCAUAGAUUAAAGCAGUUUGUAGUUUAGUGCAGAGAUUAAGAUGAGUGUAUGCAAAUAUGGAAUAAUGUAUUU